AUGAUGCCUCCAGAAAAGACUGCACACCCGUGGCUCGCGCAUCUCGGUGGCCUCACGGCAAUUAGGAAAGCGCGGUACAAAAAGACGAGCAGACCCUUAUCUGAAAUCGGCAUUUUCGCCACUCUAGAGAAUUGUCCAGACCCGUCGACGCGGACAGCAGCAUACGACACCUCGAUCGACGAGUGGUUUAUUGACAACUCGACCCACAACCAAAGACUACUGGACAGUAUAUUCUUCACCCUGCAUGGGUCAGACCCUCCUCCAUUGACGGAAAAAAGACCGAGCAACGACCCAUUCAAUGAUCUGAUUCUACGGACGCAGAACAUCUUACAGCCGGAGCCGUCGCUCUUUGAGACUUCCUGCCCAAGAGCAAGAGAUAGAGUUGAGAAGCUCGUCGUCGCGGCUCGCUCACAGUUAUUGAGCUUUAGAGAAUGGCCGUUGAGGAUGCCGGACUCGUGGCACCCGAAGAUCGUCCAGACCGCUGAUCUGGAAGGAACAGAUUUAUCUCAGGCUGAGAUAUAUCCUGACAGAAUUGAUGUCUAUCCUAGCUGUAAGUCGCUUUUUAUUUCUCAUCGCAAAGCUCUACUCACAGACAACGACCUAGUGUACAUAGCUGCCGUGUGGAACACAUAUCGCACGACCCUACUGCGGCUAUGCGAUCUAAUCGUCCAAUGCGGACAAUAUCUCGAGACGGCCGGGCAACCAUUCCGCGAAACCCAAGAAUACCAGUCCCUAAGCGCCGAAGCCAGGAGGACAGCCGAAGAUAUCUGCGCCUCGGUCGCCUACCACAUCAACAACGAUUGGGUCGUCCACAUCGCCCGGGGAUCUAACUUGACAAAGUCCCCGAAAGCUCUCGGCGCCUUGUUCCUGGUCUGGCCACUGUAUGGCGGAAGUGUUCUGUCCAUCGUACCGGUCGAAUACCGCUCUUGGAUGAGGCAGAAGCUGCGCACGAUAGGGACGUCGAUGGGAUUCGCGCAGGCGACUGUGCUUGCUGACACGGUGGAUUUGUGGAAGAAGACGGACCCGAAUAAGACGCUGAUCAUCACCCAGGGCCAUGUUUUCAUGUGGAGUGCGGGCAUGUUUUGA